AUGGCAAGCAUUGUACAACGGCCCCUGAACCGCCUUCGCAAGAGCGACUCCUACAAACCCCUUCACGAACGGUUUGGAGAUGUAUCAAUCUCAGCCCCGACUGAGGGGUCAUGGAAUCAACUCCAGAACCCUCGCCAAUCUUCUCACAGAGGUUAUGGUAAUAACCUCGCCAGAGGCAAUUCUACUAGGUCCUCACGGGAGCAUUACGAUACAGCCUCUGCUCCGGAGAAUACUACUGCCCCAGCUAGGCAAAAUUCCUUUUCCAUGAGCACACUGAACCCUCGUCGUCUUUCGAUGCGUUUGGCUCCACGGUCAAGACAUUCCACCGAGGAUCCAGACGAGAAGGAGCAUCUGCACCACCCCGAUCGAAGAACCGAGUUUGCCUACAAACCUAUCCAUCAAGACUACUCUACUGAGGUGGCUGAGAAAGCGGCUUCGCGGGUUCAUGAUUCGCCUCGUUUCCGAUAUAUCCCAGCCGAUGCACGGGCUGCAGCUGUCUCGCCUGGAAGCCACAGAUACUCAACGAAUUCGCAACAUAAUACGCAGUCCAACUACGCGGGGACCGAGGAGAGGGAAAAUCGACCCAGACGACAUCAUCGGGAUUCUCAUUAUGAGGACAAAUACAAUCACUACGUUGAACCCCACGAGAGAUCUCACCGGCCAUCUCGGACGGGAUACAGAACUAGUGGCGAGUAUAGCGAGUGGGCUAUGGCAGCACAAAUGAAUGCGACUUCAUCGGUGGAGAAGAAGAGAAUUCGUGCUGCGAAGCGCAUGACCAUGACAAUGGUACCUGAUGCGGAAGACAUUUAUGGAUAA